CUAACAAACUGACAUAAACAUAUCCCAAAGUCAUAACCCUCUUUUUUCUUUGCUGAACCCAGUUAAAAAAAGGCAACUGCCACAUAAAAUCUUUCUCUUUCACAGCAGUGUAGCACAGCUUAUGUUUAUAGAUUAGUACGCUAGCAUCAUGUGGGAUGCUUUCUAUAAAUAACCAUUCUCACUCACAACUCAAAUGUGUUCACAGUCUUUUAUUCUCGCAGCUAAUUUUCAUAUUUAAAUACCUAACAAUAUCUAGUACUGUUUUGCAUUUUUAAUGGGUUUUUAAAUUGGGUGUUUUACAGUGCAAUGACUGGUUUCUAAUUUCUUUUGUAUGUGAGUGUGACUUGUGGUUUUUGACAGUGCAAAAUGACAUUGUAUGCCGUGAUGGAUUUUUGCUAUACAUUGUUGUGUUGUAAUGAUUGGAUUUAAGAGUUUAUGGAAUAAGUGCUGCUGGCGAGUUGGCGAAAUGCACACAGCCAGUACCGAGGGACAGUACCGCGGUGCCAAUGGAGCAGCCCACGGACGAGACAAGGUGGCCAUAUUGGAUGCUGGAUCACAAUAUGGAAAGGUGAUAGAUCGAAGAGUGCGCGAGCUAUGCGUGGAAUCGGAUAUCCUGCCUCUGGACACGCCGGCCUACCACCUCAAGGAGGCCGGCUACCGCGCCAUCAUCAUCUCCGGGGGCCCCAACUCCGUGUACGCGGAGGACGCGCCCAGAUACGAUGCCGACAUAUUUAAGAUUGGCCUCCCAGUUCUGGGAAUCUGUUAUGGUAUGCAAAUGUUGAACAAAGAAUUUGGUGGCUCAGUGCUGCAAAAAGAAGCCCGCGAGGAUGGACAAUAUGAAGUCGAAGUAGAAACUACAUGCCCGUUAUUCAAUCGUCUAGAGAAGCUGCAGCCAGUACUGCUGACGCACGGCGACAGCGUGCAGAAAGUCGGCGAUCGAUUCCGCGUGGGCGCGCAGUCCUCCAACCAUCUCAUCGCGGCCAUCUACAACGAGCAGAUGCGCCUGUAUGGCGUGCAGUUCCACCCAGAGGUGGACCUAACCCCAAAAGGCAAACAAAUGCUCUCAAAUUUCCUGUUCGACAUAGCAGGCAUGUCGCGCACGUUUACACUGCGCUCGUGCCGCGAGGCCUGCGUGCAAUACAUCCGCGACACCGUCGGUGACAACAAAGUGCUUGUGCUUGUAAGCGGUGGCGUGGACUCAACAGUGUGCGCUGCGUUACUCAGGACAGCUUUACGCGAGGACCAAGUCAUCGCGUUACACAUCGAUAAUGGGUUUAUGCGUAAAAAUGAGAGUGUAAAAGUGGAGCGAUGUCUGCGUGAACUAGGAGUUCGUUUGCACGUCAUUAAUGCAACACACCAGUUCCGACAAGGCAGCACGGUGGUGCGCGACGCGGGUGGUCGGACGCGGCACACGCCUCUGCUGUGUCACACCACGGCGCCAGAGGACAAGCGCCGUAUCAUCGGCGACGUGUUUGUGCGCGUCGCGGAGCACGCCGUGCGGGACGUGCUGCAUUUGCAAGAGGAACAAGUGCUGCUCGGCCAAGGCACUCUGCGACCUGACCUGAUAGAGUCCGCGUCGGCGCUGGCUUCAGGCGCGGCGGCCGCUAUAAAGACGCAUCACAACGACACGGAGUUAGUCCGUGCUUUAAGGCAGAGGGGACGCGUCGUUGAACCGCUGCGGGAUUUCCACAAGGACGAGGUACGUCAGCUGGGCACAGAGCUGGGCUUGCCGCCCGCGCUGGUGGAGAGGCAGCCGUUCCCGGGGCCCGGGCUCGCCGUGCGCGUGCUGUGCCAGGACGAACCCUACGCCGACCGGGACUUUGCCGAAACACAGGUCAUAGUGAAAAUAAUGGUGGAAUACGCGUCGAUGUGCGUAAAAUCCCACGCGUUACUGGGCCGAGUGUCCAACGCGACCACUCCGAACGAGCAGACAGAGCUUAAACGUAUCUCGUCGUCUUCACCCAUAGCGGCCACUCUACUGCCAGUGCGCUCUGUCGGAGUACAAGGCGACUGUCGGACAUACAGCUACGCGGUAGCUCUGUCCACUGAGCGCUACCCACCUGAUUGGAAAGACAUGCACUACCUCGCCAAGAUCAUACCGCGCGUCUGCCAUAACGUCAACAGGGUGUGCUACGCAUUCGGCGGUCUGAUCAAGGAGCAAGUGACGGACAUCACGCCCACUUUCCUAUCGCAGCAGGUCAUAUCGACCAUCCGGCAGGCCGACGAUCUCGCCACGCAGGUGCUGAUAUCCUCGGGCUGCAUGUCCCGGAUCGCGCAGAUGCCGGUAGUGAUGAUCCCGGUGCACUUCGACCGCGACGCGGGGCUGCGCGCGCCGUCGUGCCAGCGCUCGCUAGUGCUGCGCCCCUUCAUCACCAACGACUUUAUGACCGGCAUCGCGGCCCUGCCCGGCUCUGAUGCCAUGCCGCAAGACGUGGUGGACCGCAUGCGCAAGGAGCUGCUGUCAGUGCCGGGCGUGUCGCGCGUGCUGUACGACCUCACGCCCAAGCCGCCCGCCACCACCGAGUGGGAAUGAUCCGCGCUUUUCUAUCUUUUGUACUGAACGACGCGCCGGGCAGUGGUCGCACCCCAUACACUCCGAAUACCACAUCAUCCUGAUCAACCCAUCGCCGGCCCACUACUGAGAACGAGCACAGUUCACGACAGUUAGGGAACUUGUAUCAAAACGUUAACGCAGGCGUCAAAUGUUCCUACGUUUGACGCUAGGUAGCCUAUGAAAAACGCCUAUUUUUCUAUGAUUUCACGUCACCCAUAGCCUAAUAUUUGAUUUCGUCUAUUCAGGAUCAAACCAAGAGUUCCUUCACUGUAGUUUACUCACCACGGGAAAGAAAAGGGUUUAAGCCAUAGUCCGCCACGCUGGCCAAAUGCAGGCGUA